UGUCGCCGUCCCAAAAAAACAAGUUAUUAAACAUAUUUGAAAAAGAAAGAGAGGAGGCACUGGGGCUUGUUUGCUCAAGACAACAUUGUCGCGUCGCGCAGGCACAAGACGAGCCAAUCUGUCACUGCUUCGGGGUCGCUCCAAUCUGGACGCUUUUGUUUUCUAUUUUCUGACAUCAACUGUGGAAGUUUGGAAAGCCUGGCGAUGGAACAAAAAGCAAAACAACUCUAAGACGGAAGACGGUCAACGCAAAAUCACAUAGAGGAUGGAGACAGUUGUCACUGUGGCGGACGUAAACACAAAAGCUCCUCUUGUCCAAGCAGCUGCGUGGUCACCAUGGCGAUGGUUGUCAGGAUGCAGAUGUAGCUACCUGAAGGUGCGUGGCGAACGACGCGGGAUGGGCAGCACUCCGUAUCCAGGUGGCGAGUGGAAGGGGAAGAGCAAGGGGGGUCUUCAGGAGCUGGGUUGCAUGCCCUGGAAGGUCAGCAAGCAGAAAUGCGCGGGCGGGGUCGCGAGAGCAGAGGAGCGCAAGUGCGGGGAUCCGCCGCAGGAUAUUCCCACCUUCUCUUGCACGCUCACCACGCCGCAGCUUCCCCGAGCCUCGGCCACGCGCGCGACGAUUUACCACGAGAAGCAGUGGCGGGAGCUGUGCGCCCUGCACGCGCUCAAUAACGUCUUUCAGGACGGGUCAGCCUUCAGCAGGGACACCUUGCAGGAGAUCUACCAGAGGCUUUCCCCCAGCACUCUGGUGACGCCUCACAAGAAGGGCAUGCUGGGCAACGGGAACUACGACGUGAACGUCAUCAUGGCCGCCCUGCAGACACGAGGCUUUGAGGCCGUUUGGUGGGAUAAAAGGAGGGACGUCGGCAGCAUCGCGCUGUCCAACGUGACCGGCUUCAUUCUCAACGUUCCGUCCAAUUUGCGCUGGGGGCCUCUGCAGCUGCCGCUCAAACGCCAGCACUGGAUCGGGGUCCGAGAGGUGGCGGGGGUCUACUACAACCUGGACUCCAAGCUGCGUGGUCCUCAACCCAUCGGCAGUCCAGAUGAGCUCAGGAAGUUCCUCCGCCAGCAGCUGCGAGGGAAGAACUGUGAACUUCUGUUGGUGGUGUCGGAGGAAGUGGAGGCGCGACAAACGUGGCGGUCUGACAGCUGAGGACUCGAGCAGCCAAUCACAGCCACGCUUGGCCCUGCGAUUGAGAUUUAUUCACUGGUGGAUGUUUUUGUUUUUUUUGGGGGGGCGAGGGGGUGUUUACACGAUCAAUUGCUGGACUCUACUGAACGGAUUGCAAAGCAAAUGAAGAAAGCAAACACUUUCCAGGGAGGAUCAGUGAAUGACAGCUCUUUACUUCAAAGAAGAUAUUCAAUUUCUGCUCUUUUUGCUUUUUUUGUACAACAUAACUUGACUAUUUUUCAGUCGGUUGUGAUCUGCUGGUUUCUAAUUUUUUUUUUUUUUUUUUUUUUUUUACGGUUCACGUCCUCAAAGUCCCGGGAGUACUCUUGAAAUGUUGUCUUGUCGUCUCGCCCUUCGCGGAGGGAACAUUUCUUCGCCGUUCCUUCACUUUCACCAAAGCGUGCCCUUCUUCACUACUUCUGCGUCUCACUCUUCGUUUGUGAUUGCUUCGUCUUGUCACUUUUUAUAUCGCGUACGUGCCGCAGGCAAGACGAGGGUGCAUCUCGCAGACCGUACAGUCUGUGCGGAUGCGACACUUUAAUAAGACGGCAACAAAACAAUGCAACACCCACCAAAUACUCACUAGCGAUUAUUUUGGGUAGUGCAUCCUUUCAAUCUGUAGUCAACAAAUAAUGCUAAAGCAGUACUUACUGCCCUUAAACUACAGUAUAAUAUGAGAAUAUCACUACGGAAAGCUGUUUGAGCAAAUAUUAAAUAUUCUUGAUAUCCAGCUUAAGGUCCAUGUACUAGUAUGCGCUGUGUCCUCAAGUGUGUACCAGUGCACCGACCUUAUGCUGGUUAUCAAGGACAACGAAUAAAUGCUCAAAAGGUUUUCUGGAAAGCCGUUUGCAUCUAUUUGAUACCCUUGAUAAGAAGGUUGCUAGUGAAUGAUACGUGCCUACUAGUGUUUUACAGUAGUUUACUAGUAAGGUUUAAUUGCAUACUAGUAGGCCAAAAGUGGCACUAGCAGUUGGGGGGGGGGGGGGGGAAAUGUUACUAGUAAGACAUACAUUCUACUCGUGUGCAGAAUUGUUUUACUAGAGAAGACAAAGAGUAGUAGUGCAUGUACCUUCAGCUAGAUAUCAAGGAUAUCGAAUAAAUGCUCAACCACCUUCCCGUAUGUCACAGCAUUUCCCAAAUUAUAAAAUGGCAGAACCAUGUUUGCACACUUCCGUUUAAUGCAAAAAACAAUCCAGUGUAGAGUGUGUAUCAGCUUCUUUUGUUUGUUUUUGUAAUAGCGGCGUCUGCAGUGACAAAGUGGAACGCCACAGUUGGCGCUCGUAGCUUUAGUUCACCGUUCAAAGUGGCAGUGGGGUAAAUUCAGGAACCCAGUCUCUGAGCAGCUAGCGAGGCAGUCGGCGCAUUGAUAAAAGCCAAUUCAUAAUCAUCAGGUGGCCCCGUGUUACACUUUUGGUCGGUUUAGCUGCUGAGUUUGUAUGUCUACUUACGUGUCUUGUUCUGGAGGUUUUGUUUUCCCACAAAUCCACGAUUGUAAUCUGAAUGUCAGGUGUGACAUUCCUUUCAAAUAGUUUCCGGGUUUUCCAGCGGCACAGAUAAACCUACAGUAUAAAAAUACAAUUUGCACCGAAAUGUGAAAAACUUCUGUUUUACUUUAUGAAUGUACUGUCUCAUAAUUAAAUGAAGCAUUGUUUUCAUUUAAUUGUCGUACAGUAACUGCAUGCUCAAGUACAAUGUGCCUUGACAAAUAUAAGGAUUCUCAUUUUGCCCGCGACCCGAGUCAGGAUAAGCGGUAAAGAAAAUGGAUGGAUGGAUGAUUCACAUUUUCCACUGAGAGGUGUUUCUAAUAUUUCGGGUACCUCAUUUAGCUACAUGAGAGAACCAAAGUAAUGCAGUGCCGUUCUUCACCGCUGCAGGACUACAGCCACGUUAGUGUUCAGUGGAUGAAUAAAGACUGAACCCUGCCGCGAGUCCAAAAAAAAAAAAGGUUUACAUUGUACUGUAAUUGCUUAUAGAUACCACAAGAUGCAGCAAAUGACUAGUCUAAAUGAAGCUCCUCAACUCACCUCAACAGUUCCAUGGCCGCAAGGAGCCACCCGAUGUGCCAAAGCAUUACUUUUAUUCCUUGGGCCUAAACAUGUAAACAGUGAAUAAUGGAGGAUAGGUUAAAAAUAAUAAUAAUAAUUGAUAAAAUGCGGGGCCUUACUAUAUUAAACAUGAAAUUAAUCAAAACUUGAGGAUGAUUAUAUUUUGUGAAGGCAGAAUUGUUUUGCACACAGUCUAUCAUUGCUGUCGGGCAGAAUCAUCACAUCUCUAAAAUCACUACUUGUCAGGAAAUAAUUUAAAACAAAACAAAAACAAAAAGGCGUCAUCUUUCUUGAGUUACCAAACCUCGCAUUUUUUCAGUUGCUAUUAUACCUUUUACUGCUAUCGUACUGUGGCGUUUUACAACACUUCUCAGGCAGUUAGGCAUUGAAGAGUGUUAAUAGAUUUUUUUCUCAAGCUGUUUUCUACACAUUUAAUGGGGGCAGACCAAUAGUAUCAAUUUGUAAAAAAAAAAAAAAUCUAUAUAUAUGAAAUUGACCAUAUUUGGACAUGCUUCCGCCUGUCAGCGAUGACAUGCUCUUAGAGCAAUAUGAUUUUUAUUUUUUAUUUAUUUUUUUGUAUUCCCACUUGAAUUCCUCCAUUGAUUUUGUCACACAGUCAAAAGCGUCAGGACAAGCAAAUAAAGAUUAGUAUCUAUUAGUAACUGUUGAUGUUGGAAGUCAUCUGAUGACUUUAUUAUACAUAAUUGGAGCCCAAAUGAUGAUGCGUCGCCACACAGGUAGACAAUUCACUAACGUGACACUUGGCAAUUUGUAGCUCCUCUCGAAGCUCCUCAGAGAAUGUUUGUCUUAAUUUGGUCUAACAAUGUUAAAAAAAAAAAGUACUACGUGGUUGUCUUGUGAAAUGAGCCUUAUGAGAGAUUUGUUGUUGUAGCUCUGAGAUCAUUCAGCUCAAUGUAUUGUCUUUGGGACAAUAUUGGCCUUAACUUGUUUACAUGAAAGGUGGGUGAGCAGUUUCACGCAUGUAUUCCAAAGCACUAAUUUUGAGGAGCAGUCCAUCAAAGAUGUCUUCGCUGUUGUUGCCAAGGAUUUUUGUGAUUUACAAUGCUUUCAUUUUGAUACAAUGAUCGUUUUCCUGUCCUAAUCCAAUGCCAUAGCAUAUGAUGUCUGACAAAACAUUUUUUCUUUCUUUGCCAUAGCAAUCCAUAUCAUUGCGUCCAGUUUAAAAAAAACAACAACUAUAAAUAUCACUAUGUUAUUUGUUUAGGGUUUUUUUCUGUAUAAAUGUCAAAUGCUUAUAAUUGCACUUUAUGUCAAAGCUGCAGUGCGAGUGUAUUAAAUGGGCCAUUGCUCCGAAAGAC